GAUAAAAUUAUAGAACUCCGAUCAGAUAUUAGUUCGAAUAGUUCGGACAAAAGUGAAAAAAGCGUAGAUAGCGUCAGCGCGAAUGGCGCUUGUGAUGAAAAAACUGAAAAUGAUGAUAAAUAUAAAAUUUUGUGUGAUAUUUUGGACUCGAAUCCGGAAGUGCUUCAGAGGUGGAUUGCUGAAAAAGCCUCUAAGGAUGAUUUGAAUAAAAUCGGCUUGGGUGGCGAACGUAGCAAACCUUUAAGUCUGACGCCUAACACAGCUACGGUUGCUACGGAUUUGUUCCAGCCAUGGCGGGCAUCGUCUCCUGUAAAGCUUCCGGCGAUGUCGACGUCCUUAGCCGCUCUCCCAACAACGGGUCUAAGCCGAGAGCGUUGGCAGCAUUUGGAGGAAGGCGAUUUAUUCAUGGAAUUAAUUCGGGAUAUAGCGAACGAGUUGGACAUCGAUGUCCUCUGCCAUAAGAUAUUGGUCAACGUCGGGUUACUGACACAUGCCGACCGGGGGUCCCUGUUUUUAGCCAAAGGCGAUCCCACCGAUAGAUAUUUAGUGCCUAAGCUGUUCGAUGUCACGCAGGAUACAUUGUUAGAAGAUGCCCUCCGGAAGGCUCGUGCCGAAGAGAUCCGAAUUCCUUUCGGGGUCGGAAUUGCCGGUUCAGUGGCCCAGACGAAGGAAAUCAUCAACCUAAAGGACGCCUACAAUGACCCAAGGUUCAACGAUGCAGUCGACGUGCGAACGGGGUACAAGACUAAUCUUAUGCUGUCCAUGCCCAUUUGCAACUACGAGGGAGACGUCAUAGGGGUUGCACAGAUAAUAAAUAAAACCAAUGGAUCUGAAGAGUUCACCGACAGAGAUGUCGACGUAUUCAGAAGGUACUUGACGUUCUGCGGCAUCGGAAUACAAAAUGCUCAACUGUUCGAAAUGUCUGUAUUGGAAUAUCAGAGGAAUCAAAUCCUGUUAAAUCUGGCCAGGAGCAUUUUUGCAGAGCAGAACAAUCUUGAAUGUCUCGUUACGAAAAUCAUGACAGAGGCAAGGCAACUUCUAAAGUGCGAAAGAUGCGCGGUUUUCCUUCUGGAUCUGGAUUGCUGCGAAGCGAGUCAUUUGGAAAGAAUAGUGGAACGUCCUGGAAACACGAUACAGCAACAUCAAGCUCUUGGUAGAAGACAAAGCCAUAAUGUCAAUGUGGAUGAUAUCUUAGAACAACAGGAAUCUCGAAGUCAUUUCACAAUGAUUUUCGAGCUUGGUGCAUCCAACGAUUCAGCUGAAGUAUCUCGGCCAACAAUCGACGAAUUGAAGCAGUCAACUUUGGCCCAAAUUGCCCACUAUGUUGCCACCAGCGGUCAAAUACUGAACAUCAGCGACGUAUCGGCCUGGUUAAAGGUUGACCAGGCGAACGGACAGCCGGAUCUGGCACGGAACAUUCUGUGCAUGCCGAUUUAUAAUGGACAGAAAAACGUCAUAGGGGUUGCUCAAUUGAUCAACAAGGAUAACGGAAGCCAGUUCAGUGAUUGCGAUAUCAGCAUAUUCGAAGCAUUUGCGAUAUUCUGUGGUUUGGGUAUUCAUAACACACAGAUGUACGAGAGCGCCUGCAAAUUGAUGGCCAAGCAGAAAGUGGCCCUUGAAUGCUUAUCCUACCACGCGACGGCACCCAAUGAGGACACUAUGAAACUGGUUAAGGAUCCGAUUCCGUCGGCCGAUACUUACAAUUUAUAUAAUUUUACAUUUAUCGAUUUCGGAUUAUCGGAUGAUGAUACGUGCAGAGCAACAAUUAGAAUGUUUUUGCAAUGUAAUCUAGUGCAACAAUUUCAUGUUCCGUAUGAUGUUCUAUGUCGUUGGAUUCUCAGUGUCAGAAAGAACUAUCGUCCAGUAAAAUAUCAUAAUUGGAGGCACGCUUUUAAUGUGGCUCAGACAAUGUUCGCAAUGUUAAAAACAGGAAAAAUGGAAAGAUUUAUGACAGAUUUAGAAAUUCUGGGACUUCUUGUCGCUUGUCUUUGCCAUGAUUUAGAUCACCGAGGGACAAAUAACGCAUUUCAAACGAAAAUUGAAAGUCCGUUGGCAAUACUAUAUUCUACUAGUACCAUGGAACAUCAUCACUUCGAUCAAUGUGUUAUGAUAUUGAAUAGUGAAAGCAAUAAUAUAUUUCAGGCACUCUCGCCGCAGGAUUAUCGCAGCGUUAUGAAAAUUGUGGAAACAGCAAUAUUGUCUACGGAUUUAGCAAUGUAUUUUAAGAAGAGAAAUAACUUUUUAGAACUGAUUGAAAAUGGCGAAUUCGAUUGGCAGAGUGAAGACAAAAAAGAACUACUGUGCGGCAUGAUGAUGACAGCCUGCGACGUGAGUGCCAUAGCGAAGCCAUGGGAAAUCCAACACCGCGUAGCAAAGCUAGUAGCUGACGAGUUCUUCGAUCAGGGCGAUUUGGAGAGGCUUCAGCUUAACCAGCAACCUGUCGCCAUGAUGGACAGAGAGCGCAAAGACGAACUCCCCCAAAUGCAAGUGGGUUUCAUAGACGUAAUAUGCCUUCCUCUAUAUCGCGUUUUAUCAGAUACAUUUCCUUGGAUUAGACCUUUAUAUAAUGGGACAUUAGAAAAUCGUCAACAUUGGCAAGAUUUAGCAGAAAAAGUUGAAAUGGGUCUCACGUGGAUAGAUCAUGACACGAUUGAUAAUCCUGUCGAAGAAUUUACUGGAUCAUCAGACGUCAAGGAUAUAGAAUUCACCGUAACCACGCUGAACUGCACGCACAAUUCCGACUCGACGGAAAAGUUUCCAUCAACUAUGGAACUGACCCGUCGAAGAUUCGACAGUCUGCGGAAAACCAAAGUUUUGCCUAAAACUGUAAGAUCUCGCCUAUCAAAAUCAUUAUACAGUUCAUCCAAUUUGAGUACAGCAGGCAGCGGCAAAAAUGCUGAAACCAAUACUGCAACCGAUCAUCAAAAAUCGGCCUCUCAACAAACAAUCAAAGCCUCAUCAAAUGCUGGAAGUGAGACGAACGUCACAAAAAAACAUAAAGGCAAGCAAAGAAGUAAAAUUUGUACUCUGUUGUGA